UAUAUAAACAUUUUUCAGAUUGUUACCUAUAUCACAAAUCACAAAGCUCUCUUUCCUGCAGACUCUUUGGCUGUAAAUGUACCGAUCAUUAUGAAGCAUUCACACCCAAAACUCUUUCCAUUAUCAUUAUGUAAACAUAUAUGAACAGAAAACUUUAUUAUAUUGUUCAUAUUAAAUAACAAACUAAGAGGUAAAGAAGUGUGCAGGCAGGUUGGAAUGGGUGGAGAAAGGUGCCGGGAGUUCUAUGUGAUAGAAAAAUAUCAGCGAGAAUCAAGGGGAAGGUGUACAGGACAGUGGUGUGACCAGCCAUGCUGUAUGGUUUAGAGUUUAGUGCAACUGAGGAAGAGACAAGAGAAGAUGUUGAGGUUCUCUUUGGGAGUGACAAGGUUAGACAGGAUUAGGAACGAGUACAUCAGAGGGACAGCUCAUGUUGGAUGUUUGGGAGACAAAGUUAGGGAGGCCAGAUUAAGAUGGUUUGGACAUGUUCAGAGGAGGGAGAGUGAGUAUAUUGGUAGGAGAAUCAAAGAGGAAGGCCAAAGAGGAGGUAUAUGGAUGUAAUAAAUGAGGAUAUGAAGCCAGUGGGUGCAAGUGUUGAGGAUGCAGAAAAUAGGGAUAGGUGGAGAGAGAUGAUUUGCUGUGGCCACCCCUGAAGGGAAAAGCAGAAAGAAGAAGAAGAAGAAGUUAAAUAACAAACUAUUUAUUAUUAGCUUUAAUAUAGAUUACAGAAUGUCCAACGUAAGUGUUAGUAAAUGAGUUGUUAAUAUGAAGCGAUGAUGUAUUACGACAAGCUCAUUAAUAUAAACCUCAUUAUUUACAUUAGAUCCAGCACUACUGUCAAAGCUUUGCUGUUGUUCAAUCAAUAAAAUAAAUGAACAUCUGACCAAUCAGAUUAAAGAAUGAAACACUGCUAUAUAACAGUAACUUAAUAGCACAGUACAAAAUGUUAUAUAUGUAUUAUUUGUACUUUCUUAACUCCAAUUGUUGUUACCAAAUAAUAAUUGUUGCCCCAGUAAUAACGAAUAUAGGCCACUUAAAUCUUGGGCUUUUCCGUGUAAAUAUACAGUCCUGUAACAUUUGAACGUCGUCCAUUAAAGAACCAGCAUAAACGUUUCACGCUGUUGAAGGUACCCUAGAAAUAUGUUCUGUUGCUACGCAACAGCUGGUCUAACGCCGAGACGGGACUUCCCAUGUAAAUAGAAAGCAAAUAAGUAAGUUACUAUUUGCUGACUAAUACUUUUACUUUUUCCUGACAUUUCUUAUAGAAAAUAUAUUUGAAGUGUUUUGAGUGUUUUGCUGCUUGCUAAAGUAGUAAUUUUGCGCUAGAGAGCUAAAAUAGCGAGUUCGCUUCAGAACUCUAUUGCAUUGCAUUCAAUAGGCUUUAACACUAGACUAGGGAAUGGCACAAGUUAAAUUAGAUAUAUUCUAAAAAAAAUAAUAACGUCAUUUUUAACGUCUUACAAAUUUUGCAGUAAUGAUUAUUUUUAUAUUUUCCAUAAAAAGCUUAAGCUAAAAAUCUAGAUGUAGCAAUAUACACAGAUCAGGCAUUACAUUAUGACCACCCUGCCUAUUAUUGUGUUGGUCCCCCUUUUGCUGCCAAAACAGCCCUGACCCAUCGAGACAUGGACUCCACUAGAUCCCUGAAGGUGUGCUGUGGUAUCUGGCACCAAGAUGUUAGCAGCAGAUCCUUUAAAUCUUAUAAGUUGCAACUUACAGGAUUUAAAGGAUACUUUUGAUAGAUACUGACCACUGCAGACCGGGAACACCCCACAAGAUCUGCAGUUUUGGAGAUGCUCUGAUCCAGUCGUCUAGCCAUCACAAUUUGGCCCUUGUUCACACUCAAAUCUUUACACUUGCCCAUUUUUCCUGCUUCUAACACAUCAACUUUGAGGAUAAAAUGUUCACUUGCUGCCAAAUAUAUCCCACCCACUAACAGGUGCCAUGAUGAGGAGAUAAUCAGUGUUAUUCACUUCACCUGUCAGUGGUCAUAAUGUUAUGGCUGAUCGGUGUAGAGAAAAUGUGCAAAACUAAUAAAACCAAAUUAUAGUACUUUAAAGUUAGACUUAAAAACAGCUAUUUCACUGUGUAAAACACUCUCUAAAAACAGAUUAUAUGGAGAGAGAGCGAGAGAGAGAGAGAGAUUUCAGAUAACAGAAACAUUUCAGUUUUGAAAUAGUCGGUAACGUUUGCUUGGAGAAAAUGUCAAAACUGCACCAUGUGGAAGAGUUUUUCCAGGCUGCUACAAAACCCAAAUCCUUUAAUACUCCUCGGCUUUUUGAAUCAACACAGAUAGCCUGUGGGCUGAAAUAUAAAAAUAAACCUCACAUUUGCACCAGAUUUUCAAGGGCAUUUAUGAGAACUAUAUGGGGCGGUGGUAGCUCAAGUGGUUAAGGCUCUGAGUUGUUGAUCAGAAGAUUGGGGGUUCAGGCCCCAGCACCGCCAAGUUGCCACUGUUGGGCCUUUAAGCAAGGCCCUUAACCCUCUCUGCUCCAGGGGUGCUGACCCUGCACUCUAACCCCAACCUCCAGGGAUGGGCUAUGCAAAAAAGAAUUUCAUUGUGCUGUAAUGUAUAUGUGACAAAUAAAGGCUAUUUAUGGUAACAACACAUGUGCAGGUUAUUAAUGUUUACACUUUGGCAGCAUCUUCGAAAUGAGCAGACUAUAUGAUAUAAAAGAAUCCAGUUUAAUUGAUGAGGAAAUGCUGGAAAAGGCAAUUGAAGAGCAGGGACCGCAUGGAAAGGCUGGACUUCUAGCCAAAGAAGAGGGCUUAAGAUACGACGAAGUGACUCAUCUGCGCCUGGACUACAGAAACAUCUUAAAGAUAGACCUUUUGUGGCAGUUUACAUCUCUAACCAAGCUUCAGCUCGACAAUAAUAGCAUUGAGAAGAUUGAGGGAUUAGAAAAGCUCACUAACCUGGUAUGGCUUGACUUAUCCUACAAUAAUAUCGAGGUGAUUGAAGGGUUGGAUACACUCGUGAAACUGCAGGACCUGAUUUUAUUUAACAAUCGAAUUUCAGUAAUAGAGAACAUGGAUGCGCUGCUAAACAUUGAGAUCAUCUCGCUCGGCAACAAUUUAAUCUCACAGCUUGACAGUGUAAUAUACCUGAGAAAAUUUAAGAACUUACGCACACUCGACCUUGCUGGAAAUCCAUUCUGCAAAGAUGAAAACUACAAGGUUUUUGUGACUGCGCACCUGCCAGACCUGGUUUACCUCGACUACAGGCUUCUAGAUGAACAAACUCGAGAAAAGGGACAGUACCAGUAUCAGACUGCAACAGAGAAGAUAAAACACAUUGAACUGGAGGGGCAGAAGGCAGCAGAGGCUCAGAAAGCGAUGGAACAAGAACUUCAGCUGCACAAGGAUGCAUUUGUGGAAUAUUUGAAUGGGCCUCAUCUAUUUAACAGCAUGUUUGUCGAUGAUGUUGAAGCAUCUAAGUUGGCACAUCUUCCUGAAGUUGCUACACUACUGGAAUCAUACCAGACCCAGUUGGAGGCAUUGUGUAUGAAGAUUUUUGAAGCAGGUUUAACACAGCAAACACAAAGACAGAAAGAGGUGGAGUGCUUCUUUACCGGCUUCCGAAAUGCCGUAGCUGACAAUCAGCAAAAAGGAGCUCAAAUAGUAGCUGACUUUGAGAGGUCCAGGAGACAGGUGAUGGCUGAGAUGAAGCAGGCAGCAGACCACAGUGUGUUGAAGAUCAGAGUCAGAAAUGAGAUCAUGCAGAUUCGGGACACUCUUCUGACUCUCGAGAUGCAACUAGUGGCUCAGUUAGAGGACAUUACUAAAGACUUUGAGAGAAACAUCACAGACAUGGUUGGAGGGUUUGCUGAAUAUGUGCAAGGCAUAUUUGUCCAGUGUCGAGAUCUGGAGAACCACCACCAUGAGAAAGUGCUCAUGAUUGCUGUGGCAACACUGGAGAGAGUGGCUAAGAAUGAGCUGGAUGAGGAUUUGCCCGAUGACGUGCAGUUGCUCUUUGUGGACAAAGACACAAUGACCAAUGCUGUCAGUGCGUCACAUGACGCACACCUGCUGAAGAUCGACAACAGAGAGGAUGGACUCCUGACACGGAUCCACAACUGGAAGAGUGCAUUAAUAAAGUCGAUACACGACGAUGCGGUUGAAAGGAAUCGCAAACGCAUCUCAGAAAUCCUUACAUAUAUUGAUUAUGCUUUGGACCAGCUGGAGCUGAAGCAGAACUGAGGGAAGAUUUCAGGCUGGGAGUCUCACACCCACCAAGGCCAAUGCAUUUUAAGACCACUGUACACUCACUACACAGAUUCGUGGUGUUUUAUGGAUAGACAUUGAGAAUAAAACAAUAAUAAACAUGUGAAGUGUUGGAAUAUAUAUUGUCUGGAUUUUUUUUAAAGGCCUGAAGAGGUUAGUGUUUAAUAUCCUAUGUCGUUUAUCACACUACAGUGUAUUUACCCCCAGUGAUGUGUCGUUCAUUUUAAACGAAUCCUUAAUAUGACUCAGGAACAAUGAGUCGUCUCAGACAGCGAUUCGUUCAUUUUGGAUUGACCGCGCAUGCGCAACAUCCUAUAGGUACGUUCAUUAUCCCUUGAUGUCUCUUACAGUCAAUUAUACUAAUGUAAUGUAUAAUAUGUAGAAACUACUAGACAUGUGCAAUGAACAUUAUCUGAAAAAAUAGUUCUGUUCUUUGUCCUUGGUUGAGAUUUAUAGUUUUUUCUCUUAUUCUAAAUGUGAUCAACGUUUGCCUAUGUAGAUGUGUCGAGGUAACUGCCUUAUUAACACUGUAAAUAUAUUCUGCUGAAACAAACGAAAUGACUCGAAAAAAAGAUCAUUUUCUUCAUUUUGCUGAACGAGAUUCAAAGAU